AUGGACACCCAACAGCCUGGCGACAGCAUCGCACGAGACUAUCAAGACCACAACGAUGGCAUCGUCAACGGCAAGCUGGACGAGAAUGAUCCAGAGAACAUGCUUCGACAGAUCAAGACGUCCGGGACGGGCAGUGUCACCAUCUCCUCGGAUUUGUUCGAGAGGCUGUAUUUGCAGCCGAAGAUGGCCGGGGUUGGAUUGAAGCAUCCGUUGCAGAAGAUUCUGGGGAAUCCCACCGCGCUUGGCAUUAUGGGCUUCGAGAUGAGUUUGAUGCCCAUUGUGAUGCAGCUGAUGGAAUGGCGUGGAGCUGGGGCAUCGAGGGCGGCGAACAACGCUAAUGUUAUCUUCUACGGCGGUGUGCUCAUGUGGGUGGCCGGUAUGCUCGAGUUCGUUCUUGGAAAUACUUUCCCCUUCCUGGUCUUCAUGUCCUUUGGCAGUUUCUACUGCAGCUACGGAGCGACCUUGAUCCCUUGGUUCGCGACAUAUCAGUCCUUCUCUGCAGAUCCGAACGGCGAUCCUUUAGCAGGCCUGACGGACCCGAGCUUCAAUGCCAGCUACGGUCACUACUGGGUCGUCUUCACGAUCCUGAUGCUAUUCUUCUUCAUCUGCACAUUCCGAACCAACAUCGUCUUCGUCUUACUCUUCGCCUGCAUCGUUCCCGGAUGUGGCUGCAUCGCUGGAGUCUUCUACAACUUAGCCCUGGGGAAGGCGGAUCAGGCUCAUAAUUGCCAAGUGGCCGCCGGCGCCGUCCUAUUCGCAGCCAACAUCAUCGGCUGGUAUCUCUACGCGGCACUCAUCUUCCCGAGCGUCGACUUCCCCCUGGCUCUGCCUCUCGGAGAUUUGUCGACUGUCAUACCCGGUCUGAACGAUCUACGCAAGGGCGAUUCUGGGAGCAGACGACGUCCGCUGUUGUCCAUGCGCAAGAACAAGCCGGCGGAUAUUGAAGAUGCUGUGUGA